UCAGCUGUUAGCCGCUGUGCUAACAUUCCUCAGCUGCUGCAGCUGACUGGCUGAUUGACCAGCAGCUCUCCUCUGAUGCUCGCCUACAAACCCGGAGUUAAUAUAAAUAAAUAACCCUCUGGUGUGCUGAGAGAGAAGGAAAGAAAGUGAAGUGGAGUAGAAUGGAUUUGUUCAGGCUGCUGAGUGUAAACGAGCUCGCUGUUGCUCUGUCCAGACUCAACAUGUUUCCGUAUUUCGAAGCUGCGCAUUAUGUCGUGUCAGUGAUGGCUUUACGGGAACAACCAGGAGCAUUGGAAGUGUCCCGCCGCAGUCCAUUUGCAUGCUGGUUCAGUGCAAUGCUGUACUGUUUCGGAGGUGCCGUUCUCUCAGGAGUCAUCAUGGCUCAAGCUCCAAUCGAGCCACUGGCCAACAGCACCAACAUUCUGCUCGCCUCGUUAAUGUGGUAUGUGGUGUUUUAUUGCCCUCAGGAUGUAGUGUACUCCUGUGCCACCAUCCUGCCCAUCCGAUUGGUCCUCACAGCUAUGAAGGAAGUGACCCGUACAUGGAAGGUUUUGGGUGGAGUUACACAGGCAAGCAAGAAGUACAAAGACGGCCUGUUUGUUAUGAUCGCAGUGGGCUGGGCUAAAGGUGCGGGUGGAGGUCUGAUGAGUAACUUUGAACAGCUGGUUCGUGGUAUUUGGAAACCUGAAACCAACGAGCUUUUGAAGAUGACCUACCCCACUAAGGUGACUCUGAUUGGCUCAGUACUGUUCUCUCUGCAGCAGUGUCAGUAUCUCCCUGUGCACAGGCCACAGCUGAUGCUUGUCUACACUGCCUUCAUUGUCAUCAAUAAGACAAGGAUGAUGUUAAUGGGUUCCUCGUUCUCUCUAUUUGCUGGGCUUGAAUCAGCACUGUAUGAGGUGCUGUUUGCACGACCAGUGACCUGCUCUUCCCUGAUGAAUCAGAGCCACUCCCGUAUCACUUCAUCUUGCUCCAGCUCCGAGGCUAAAAGCACUUCCUGUGUCACAAAUGGCUCAUCACUUCCACAUGAGCAGUGUAAAGACAUGGAGAAGGACAAGAAGAAAACAGAAUAAUGCUUUUUUUUAAAUUUUUUAAAAUUGUUUUCUAGACAACUGUGAUCUUUUCUCUGAAACACUUUUCCACUCUUGUAUGUGGGUAAAAACCCAGAAAAAUGAAUUGAUGCGUGUAGCUGGAGAAUUUUUUUUUUUUUAAAACAUUUCAGGAUUUUGCUUGAACUUUUCAUACAGUGCUACCACUGAAUACUUUUAAAGAAAAUUCUUUAUUUCCAAAACUUUUAUCUGUAUAUUUGCUGUAGCUCUGUAAAUAUUUAUUUUAUAAAGAGUUUAUUCUCACAAUUCUAUUUUAUAUUGGAAGAUUGUGCUAACAUGAAAUGCGCUCUCUGCUCGACUGCAUUCCUGAGAAUUAUUAAAUAAAAUGUACUGUGAAUUUA